GCGGCGCUUCCGGGUUUUGCGGCGGCCGCAGCAUGAGGCGGGUGACGCUGUUCGUGAACGGCAGCGCCCGCAACGGCAAGGUGGUGGCUGUGUAUGGGACCCUCUCAGAUUUGCUCUCUGUGGCCAGUAACAAGCUUGGAAUAAAAGCCACCAGUGUUUACAACGGCAAAGGGGGGCUCAUCGAUGACAUUGCUUUGAUUAGGGAUGAUGAUGUUCUGUUUGUCUGUGAAGGGGAGCCCUUCAUUGAUCCUCAGACUGAUGGGAGAGCUCAGGAGGAGCUGACAGGGUCCCACACAGACUGGCUGACACUCAAUGUGGGGGGCAGAUACUUCACCACCACAAGGAGCACUUUGGUUAACAAAGAACCUGACAGCAUGUUGGCCCACAUGUUUAAAGAUAAAGAUGCUUGGGGGAACAAGCAGGAUCAUAGAGGAGCAUUCCUAAUUGACCGCAGUCCCGAGUAUUUUGAGCCCAUUUUGAACUAUUUACGUCACGGACAGCUCAUUGUAAAUGAUGGCAUUAAUUUGCUAGGGGUCCUGGAGGAAGCCAGGUUUUUUGGUAUCGACUCGCUAAUCGAACACCUCGAAGUAGCCAUUAAGAAUUCCCAGCCAGCUGAGGAUCACUCUCCCAUCUCCCGGAAGGAGUUUGUCCGGUUCCUGCUGGCAACGCCCACCAAGUCCGAGCUGCGCUGUCAGGGCCUGAAUUUCAGCGGAGCGGAUCUUUCCCGCCUGGAUCUUCGCUACAUCAACUUCAAGAUGGCCAAUCUGAGCCGCUGCAACCUGGCCCACGCCAACCUGUGCUGUGCCAACCUGGAGAGGGCUGACCUGUCAGGCUCUGUGCUGGAUUGUGCCAACCUGCAGGGGGUGAAGAUGCUCUGCUCCAACGCCGAGGGAGCGUCCCUCAAAGGCUGCAACUUCGAGGACCCCUCAGGCCUGAAGGCUAAUCUGGAAGGUGCCAACCUGAAGGGAGUGGACAUGGAGGGCAGUCAGAUGACAGGAAUCAACCUGCGAGUGGCAACGCUGAAAAACGCCAAACUAAAGAACUGUAACCUCAGGGGAGCAACGUUGGCAGGAACUGACCUGGAAAAUUGUGACCUCUCGGGUUGUGACCUGCAGGAAGCCAAUUUGAGGGGCUCUAACGUGAAAGGAGCCAUCUUUGAAGAGAUGCUGACCCCCCUGCACAUGUCCCAGAGCGUCAGAUAGGGAAGAGAACACCUCGUCGAGGAAGGAAUCGGAACGUUUGUCGUGACUUUCUUCACCUCCUCCCCUUCCUGAGUUAGAAGUAAUGGUUGUUAGACAACUUCCAUUUGCAGUAGUGCCUAAGUAGACUCUUCCUGCUCACUUCUGGGGGAGGGAAUUUUUGUUUCAGAGGUGGAAACAGAGAGUUUCUGCCUUUGUGAACAGAGUGUGUGAGGAAAGGGGCUGGCUUUGGAGGGGGAGAGGGUUCAAGACUUUCAUUGUUCAGCAUUGCCUCACUUUGGAAUGCAUUUUAAUUUAUAAAGCACAAUAUAUGCAAUUCUAUUUAUUAAACCUGUAGCUGCAAUAUGAAUAGAAAAUGUUAUUCCUGUAGAGUAGCAAACACAGUCCAGGUUUACAGGUAGGCAAGUGUAUUUACAGUCAGUGUCUUCAUUCCUGCAGGGUGUCAGUGCCAGGGGGUGCUCACACAGGUGCCCACAGGAUGUGUUCAGCUCUCUGCUGGGGUGGAAACAGUGGGGAACUGUUCUCAGAGGUCAGAAAUUGUGUCUGAGUGCAGGUUUAGAGCAGCUUUAUCACCUCAGACGUGCAGAGGAAGCUGCUGCCCUGCAGGGACCUGCCCACACCCUGGAUUGAGUCACCCCUGGAACAUCCCUGGGCAGAAAUGGCAUGUCUUGGUUAAUCCUCUCCAAAUGAGUGUGAAAUUGCACUAUCAAUCAAUCAAUCAAUCACAGAUGGGAAGAAGAGUUCCCCUGCUUCCACAUGGCCUGGCCACUCCAGCCUGGAGUUCCUGGAGCUUUUCCCUUCUUUGUUGGGAAUUCAGUGCCCAGAGGGAAACACAGAGGGAAGCUCUGGGGCCACAGCACCUGCUCCCCCCUCAUCUCAUCCCUUCAGCAGAUGAAGAAAUAGCCCUCUUUCCCCUCGGUGUACUAUGCAAAUAUUCCUUUAAAGCAUCAGCAUCAUCCCUUGGCCCAGCCAGACCCACUUUGGGCUGCUUAAAAGUGGCUGUAAAAGCAUCUUGCCCCUUCCAUCCACACUUCCUUCACCUGUGGGGAAAAAAAAAGCAGGGAGAGCUGGUUUUUGUGUGAGCUGUGCAGGGCAGGAGCCUCUGAGCUGCAGGCUCAGUGUAGUUCUCAACUAACACUUCUUUCAGACACAAUCAAAAAAGCACAGGAAGAAACGAUACCAAAAAAAAAAAUAAAUAAAAA